UAUAAUCGUCUGUUGUCAGAUAACGACACGCAUAAAAUUGCCAGUACGUGUGUCACACCACACGUUCGUUUUUUGUGUGUUAGUACGUUUAGCUUAGCUGCAGUAUAAUAUAACUUAAUUACAACAUCAUAAUUUCAGAUCACUUUAUCACCGUAAUAUUAUUUACCUAUAUAGAAAACUCUAGGUGUCUAGGAGCAGAACCUCGAUAAUUUAAAACCGUAAGACAUUAUAUUUGUCAACUUACACGACUAUGGCAACAAAAUGGGGAAUACUAAGUGCUUCCAAAAUCUCUCACGAUUUUGUUCUAGCUUUAGAAACAUUAUCAGUUGAAGAUCAUAAAGUUGUGGCUGUGGCUGCAAAAGACAAAUCUAGGGCUAAAGCUUUUGCGGAUGAUUUUAGAAUCCCUACUUAUUACGGUUCUUACGAAGAACUUGGCACUGAUUCCAAUGUCGACGUUGUUUAUAUCGGUGCUCUUAACCAUCAACAUUAUUCAUUGACGAAACUAAUGCUCGAAAGUGGUAAACCCGUGUUAUGUGAAAAACCGUUUUGUAUUAAUGCCAAACAACUGGAUGAAUUAAUAAAAUUAUCAAAAACCAAACAGUUAUUUCUAAUGGAAGCUAUGUGGAGUCGUUUUACGCCAGCCUAUCAAAAAGUAGUUGAAGAAGUACAAAACGGAACUAUCGGUACAGUCUUACACGUGCAGGCUAAUUUUGGCAGACAAAUGUCAAACAUCGAAAGAAUUUGGAAAAAAGAAGUGGGAGGAGGUUCAAUACUUGAUAUUGGUGUUUAUACGCUACAUUUAAUUGAUACAAUACUUGGGCCUGGCAAACCCAUAUCCAUAGAAAGUAAAGGGACAUUAAAUAGUCAUGGCACGGAUGAAAAUAUGUCUGCUAUCUUCGAGUAUCCCGAAGGAAAAAUAGCCGUCAUCUCGACACACACUAAAGUGGAAAUGGAUUGUUCAGCUUACAUACACGGAACUAAGGGCACAAUCAAGAUUCAUGAACCAUUUCACGCUUCAAAAGAAGUAACAAUUAAUACGACUAAGUUCACAUUUGUACAACCAGAUACAAGAAAACCUACAUUAUUUCCUAGUAGUGUUCAGUUGCGUUACGAAAUAGAUCAUGUCAGGCAUUGUUUAAAGAAAGGUUUGAUUGAAUCACCAGUUGUUACCCUAAAUAAUAGUUAUACCGUACAAGAAAUAAUGGAUCGACUAAGAAAUCAAAUUGGUGUACACUAUGAAGAUUAUGAUACUUAAUCGUGAAUUGUUAAAAUAGAUAUAAAUUAUUAUAAAAUAUAUACUAUUUUAAUUUAUAAAA